GUCGCCUGAGGGAGCCGGCUGGCCGCGCUUCGCAUGGAUCCCUCGCCGAGCACGGGACUCACCCCGCAAGAGAAGGCCCGGCUGAAAGAAAAGUUGGCCUUAUUGAAAAGAGAAUACAGCAAAACAUUGCACAGGCUGCAGCGCGCUGAAAGAGCUGAGAAGGUAAAAAACGAUGUCAAGAAAACAGUUGCAGAACAAAAUCUGUUAUUUACACAAGAGGAUGCUGAGAAGGACCAUACAGCAUCCAUCAGCCAGGUGGCCCCAGAGGCCUCGGAGAACGUUCCAAUUGGUAUUUCUUCAGAGAUUGGCACUGUAAGAACUACAUCCAUCACCUUUGAGACUGAGGUCUUUGGCCAAGAUGGCACCUUGUCAAAAGACUCUGGUUCCAAAUCUAUCAGCCAGGACUGCAAAAGGGUUGUCUUUAGUCUAGUGGGGUCUCUUUCUGAGAGAAACCAGAAUCUGCUGUCAGAAAGUAGGACUAAAGUAAAUCAGAGAACAACUUUGGCUUUGGAGGAGAGAGAAUUUAUGUGUGAGACACUUCAGGGAGCUUCCGGAGGCCAGACAAAGCAUGAAACGGACAGUGUCAAGAGUUCUAGGUCACCAGUCUUUAAGAGAAGAAGCACUAUUUUGAAGACUGACCAUAGCAUCCCAAAGGCCUCAGUGGCCACUGUUGAAGGAAGAGGUGUUAAUGUUGUUCCUAUAGUGCCACAGCUAGAAUGCUCAAAGGAAACAUCUAGAGAAAUUCCCUUUCCUGAAGCAUCCCAUCUGCAUCCUUGUGUCCUGUCAUAUGAGAGUCCGAUGCCCUCACUUGACCAUCUCUGUGAUGAAGUAAUCUUUGCUAGCUCAGAAGAUUCAGACACCGAGAUCACUGUGUCACAUGAUGAGGGGAAAGAAUCUGCCCAGAAGGAAGAGGAACAAGCAGGGAUUUAUGAGGAAGAUCCAGGAGGGAGGCUUGUAGACUUAGCAGUGACGAGUGAAGCUUUCCAAGGAGGCGGAACUGCCCCUCGUGUGCGUGGGGAUGAGCGGCAUUCAGAACAAAGGCUGUGCGAAGAGGCUCGGAGCUCAGACCUUGAUAACAGAGACCUUCCCACCAACAAGCCAAGUGCAAAGGGUUUAAGGGAUCAGCUUGAAUCUGGGUCUCCCCUCCUGCAGGCAGAUUCUGCUGCACCCACUAAGAAUGCACUGAGUUCCUGCACAGUAGUUGAGGGACUCCUGUUUCCUGUUGAGUAUUAUGUAAGGACAACACGGCGAAUAUCCAGCUGUCAGAGGGAGGUGAAUUUGGAGGCAGUCAUUCAAAGCCAGCUGGGAAAGAGUAGGAAAGGGCAGAGAGUUUCACGCAAAGAGAGGAAUGCAAACCCAGCCAUGACUUCGCAAGAGGUGGCAGAAAAGGCUGACCAGCUGAGGGCUGUUCCUUUCUCAGCUCCAGAUGCUAAUGGGGACACUAGUCCUCUGCAGACUUUCUCUCUCUCUCAGGAGGGCACUGCUUCCACCAGAGGCCUAGUUCAGAGUGAGGGGCUCCUGCAGCAAAGAAGAAGUGGAAGGCUAAGAGGGGGGUCCAAUCGUCGGGCCUCAUCCUCCAUGUCACGAGAUCUGUGGAAGGACUUGGAGUUGGCAGCUCCCAAGGGAACCGGUUAUCUUGCAUCAUGUAAAGCACAAGGAAGGAAAAAGAACUGCCAAGGUGGAGACAAGGCCACAGUGCUCUCAUUGGCCACUGGUGGCAACGUGAAAGACAAACAGAGCGGCAGGAAGUGGCCAGCAGAGCCUGCGCUUUGUGCUGGUGGAGGCUUCAAGACUGAGAUAGAAACUGUCCAAAACUCACGUGUGAACUUGGUGACUGAAUCUGCUUCCAGCUUUGUGAGAGGCCUGGAAGAAAGCUGUGAGGUGUGUCCUUCUGAGAAUAUACCUCCUGAACAGGCUGGGCAUUGGAACCACACCAGGGCCAAGCGGGGACAACCGGGUAGAGCAUCUUUGCCUCAAUGUCAGCCUCCCGUGGCCUCCCUGGAGAGCAAGGAAAGGAGAGCAUCUCAAGGUAGAAGGGUUGGCAGCCCAUGUAUGGAAUCUCAGGAUCCUGCUUCUAUGGGCCUCUUUAGGACAGAUUCUGCCAUCUUUCACCUCAAGAACGAGGUGAUGUCCAGUUCCAAGUGGCUUCCUCCUAACUUGGAUCUCCAAGAAUUCCACUUACCUGAAGAUGAAUUUGGCCUCCUUAAAUCAGAAAAACUCAAACUGUGUGCUACAAAACCGCUGGAGACUUUUGAUACUGGCAAAUCAGCUGAGUGCCUCCAGAGUGUUGGUAACGAAUCGGCACUGGGAGGGGAUCAUGAUCGUGCUCUCAUUUUGAUGGCGGAAGAGCCAUCCAUGCCAACCCCGUUCCCACAGUGCUUGCGCAAGGAAGGUUUUCCCUCAGGUGAGCUGCUCCUUUCGCCAGCCCUGGGGGAGGCUGUAGGUAGCCUGUUGGAAUCCCAGCUGCCUACUCCAGUUUUUCCUGUUGUUGGGGCAACCCCAGCCUCCCAGGCUUUGCUUCACAGUGAGGCCUUGCCAGACACAUCUUUUGCAUCUCCUUUGCAAGUGAAAACUAACACCACUGAUGAGCCAGGCCCCUCUGCAGAUGCUUCUUCUUUGCCAGGAAGUGGCACAAGAAUGUCAUGGUCACAAGGUCAAAGUGGAACUAGCUGGAAGCCUGAAGAGGAAGUUGUGAGCCUUGAGGAAAGGCGAUUCCCAGCUGGCGAGUCUGUUGAGGACUGCAAUGAAGCCCCCCGACAGAAUGAAAUGGCGAUCAAAGACUUGGUACAGGCCUUGGAGUACAGUGAGAAGCGAGGGAGCUUGCAGAUGACUUCAAAAUUAAAGAGUUUCUCUGGCUCCUGCUCGGUGGAUGUAAGCACCGUAUGGUGGAAAGCUGCUGACUUCACGGAGUUGUGUGUUGUAACAGCUUGUGAGACUUCGGUUUCCCUCUGGAGGCAUCUCGAUCCUGGUCACUGGGGGAUUGUGUAUACGUGGCACUUUACAAAGGUUCCGGUCAUUCAGUUUGUUCCCCUGCCAGGCGUCCAGAGCCUUGUGUGUGUGGCAUUGGGAGGCCUGGAGAUUGCAGAGAUAAGGUUCUUGUUUCAUUCUUCUCAAGAUGACUGUGUUAAACAAUUACUGAUCAAAGCUGGGAACAUAAAAGCCGUUCUAGGACUGGAAAGCAGGAGGCUCGUCAGUAGCUGUGGCUCACUUCAAGAGCAAGAAGUGGAAGUCAUGUUCUUCUCUGAGGCAGGAAGGAGCAUUGAAAGACAGGCUUUGAUGCCUCCUGAAGAUACCAUUUUGGCUUUUGCUGAAGUAGAUGGGAAGCAGGAAGCUUUGGUUGGCAUGACAACCUUGAACUGCGUGGUGAUCUGGAACCUGAGAACUGGGCAACUGUUAAGGAAGAUGUCUGUUGGCUAUUCCUACCCUGCAUCUGUCUGCCACAAGGCCUACUCGGACUCGGGUCUCCUGUUUGUGGUUUUAAGUCACCCACAUGCCAAAGAGAGCAAGGCAUGUGGGAACCCUGCUUUCCAGGUAGUUGCGCUCAAUCCCAAGACAGCCAGGAGCACGGGGGUUAUGCUGUUAUCCCUCCCACUGGGGAUUGGAGGAAGGUACUUGGAAGGUGAAGUGAGGGAUGCUUCUGCAGCAGCUGUGCUGACAUCUGGAGCCAUUGCUGUAUGGGAUUUGUUUCUGGGCCAGUGCACAGCUCUGCUGCCCCCCAAUUCUGAUGAGAGCUGGUCUCUUGUCAGGUGGUCAGUUACAGACACUUGUCUGCUCGCUGGACAAAAAGAUGGCAGUGUUUACAUCUAUAGUUACACAGCAAGUGUCUGCUCUACUUGAGGGACUCAUCAGCUUGGAAAAGAUUUUGACAGGAUUUCCUGUGUUUGAAGAGCUUCUCAUGGGAGUUGGAUCCAUUUCUCAGAGACAAGGCAUUCCAUUAGUUCCACAAGCAAUAUGUACUUGUGCCUAGACGUCUGCUGCAUUUCUACCACUUUCGUCUGAGGUGGUCUAAGCCAUUGAUAGAGGUCACAAUCCACCAGGAAUGUUUCCUCUGCGAGCCACACUGGAGUUUAAUGAGCUGCACACAAAAAACAAGCCUUGUGCAAAGCAAUUGUUUGGCUAAAAUUCACCUCUUUGUUCAGGAUUUGUGUCUUUGAGCUGUUCAUGUUUUGUUUUUUUGCUGGAGUUUCUUUAAUGUACUAUUAAAAUUCCUUUUGAAACACA